AUGGCGCAGCUGCCCAAUUUGCCCAUUCCUGGGGUACAGGCCCGACCGGCCAAGCUUUGGGCACCGCACACUGAAGGACCCAUCCCGUCGCAGCCUUCGCCCGUCUCUUCCGCAAGGACAGAGAGAGGACACCAGAGCUCUGGUCAAGGCCCAGUUGCACGUGCUUUUAUCACUUCCAAAGCUUUGCCUUGUGAACAUGACGCUAGCACUUACCAAGGUGAAGCGACAAAAAGCACAAGGGUCGUCUUAUCGUGUGGGCUCCACUUGGAGCCUUCCUCCUCUCUCGGAGAGGCCGACAUGCCGCAAGAAGGCACUCGAAGCGGUUUGCGCUGGUGCGUGCUGCGGGACUCUCGGAAACAAUCCCCUGGGGAGAGGUCACUCUUUGACUAUGUCUGGAAGCCAAAGACUGUGGAAGACAGCAUUGAUGCUGGGGUCCACCCCGCAGUGGCGGAACUUCGAAGAAAGGAAGCUGACAAGCAGAGAACUGUCACGGAUGCGAUUGUGGGAAAGAGGUGGCACGGACAGUCCCGAGCUGCUCCAGAGGUGAACGUCAACAAGCUGAGCACCAUGGAUCCAGCCUUCGAUCCCUCGCAGUUCUUCAAACAGGCAAAGAAGAUGGGAGUGCACCCCUUGGACUUCAUGGAAAAGAAAGUCAUGAACCCAUCAAUUCCUGGUGCCGGCAGUAGCAAGGACAAGAAAAAAGACAAGAAGAAGGACAAGAAAAAGGACAAGAAGAAAAAGGACAAAAAGAAAAAGAAAAAGAAGAAGAAGAAGAGCUCCUCCUCCUCUUCCUCAUCCAGCUCUGCCUCGGGCUCCUCUGCCAAGAAGAGGAAAGCCGAAGAGGAGCUGCAGCAAUAUCAGAUGAGAAUAGCAGAGGCCCGACAGAAGCAGGCGGCCAUCGCCGAGCUUGAGGAGAUGAAAGCGCAGCGGCGGGCAGCGCAAGAAGCGGCGGAGAGGGCCUCGCGGCAGAGGAUGGUGCCCAUGAGGCCGGAGGAAGGUCAUGCCAUGGCCAGGCAAAUUGAGCAGCAGUACUUCUCUCAAUUCAAGGAGUUCCUCAGCAUGGCAUGCAUGGCGCCAUGGCUGCAGGUGGUUAGUGAGGACAUCACCUUUUGGCAUGCUCCUGGCUUCAAAGGGAAGCCUUACAACCCUCAAGGGUUGGAAGGAGAGGUGAUGUCGGUGAUCGAAGACAUUCACCUGACGCCAAACCGACCCGUCCUCGUUAAGCUGACAAAGGCCCCUGCACAGACAGAGAAGUUCAAGGCCUUUAACGCACACUUUGCGCGCGAUGAAAUUGAGAUCGUGAAUGCGGAGGCUUCUGCGGAGGAAUCUGAAGCAGCCUCCCUACCAUCGGCAGACAGUGACGUUGACGCGUCGCUGAUGCAUCUCCAGGCGAUGGGGGUUUGGAUCUCCAGAAGCGAUAGCUCCAAAGUUAGGUUUGGAGCAGAGCUACUGGGCGCCAAACUGGGUUGA